GCAGACAACUUGGAGGGGGACAUUGGUCUUCAUUGUGUGAGACUGAGCAAUCUGAUUCUGGCCAACAUGGUCACGUUUUUGCUUCUGAUGGCCUACUAUCGCCCAAAGGCCCUUGUGGUCAUGGAACAGCCCAAGAGUUCUUGGCUAUUCAGGCAGGUGAGAUGCUUGGAGGUCAUUUGGCGACUCAACAUGGAGAAGUAUCUCACCUACAUGGGUAGUUGGGGAGGGCUGUUGCUCAAAGGAACUCACCUGAUGAGCAACUUUUCUUUGAAGGCCAUGGUUCGGAAAUGCACCAAGAAGCUGAAGGAGAAGGUUGCACAACGUGUCGAAGCAAUGAACAGGAAGAGAGUCGCUGCAGGAAAGCCCAAGAAAGUCUUUUGGGUACGCACACCUGACAAGAAGUUUCACGGUGGCAAAGACUUAGCAAGCACAGCAAUCUAUCCCAAAAGAUUUGCACGGGCUGUGUUCAAGUGCUGGUUGAAGGCCUAA